AUGAAUCAGAAACUGAGUGUAUUAUUGAAGUUAAAGAUCACUGGUAUCGUCUUUAGUUCAUUUCUAUCAAUACUAGCGGUCUUUGCUCUCUACCGUAUCUACAACUAUGACAAAGCAGAAAAAGAAAAUCAAGCUAAGAUCAAAACAUUUUUGGAGGAUUACAAAAAUUUCAAGCCCACCAGAUUCUCGUACUCUGAUAUUAAGAGAAUUACAAAUCAAUUUGUCGAAAAACUAGGUGAGGGUGCUUAUGGAACAGUCUUCAAAGGAAAGCUUUCAAAUGAAGUCCAUGUUGCGGUGAAGAUGAUCAUGAACACUUCUAAAGAAAACGGGGAAGAAUUCAUAAAUGAAGUAGGGACAAUGGGCAGGAUUCAUCAUGUUAAUGUAGUUCGCUUGGUUGGUUUCUGUGCAGAUGGAUUUCGACGUGCUCUAGUUUAUGAGUUCUUACCAAAUUAUUCACUAGAGAAGUUCAUAUCUUCAGUGGACACUAAAAAUCGUUUCCUUGGUUGGGACAAGCUACAAGAUAUUGCAAUUGGCAUAGCAAAAGGUAUUGAUUAUCUUCACCAAGGGUGCGACCAACAAAUCCUCCAUUUUGAUAUCAAACCUCAUAAUGUUUUGCUAGAUGAAAAUUUCAAUCCAAAAAUUUCUGAUUUUGGUCUUGCCAAGUUGUGCUCCAAGGAUCAAAGUGCAGUGUCAAUGACCACAGCCAGGGGGACCAUGGGUUACAUCGCACCAGAAGUGUUCUCUAGAAACUUUGGAAAUGUUUCUUAUAAAUCUGAUAUCUAUAGUUUCGGAAUUUUAUUGCUUGAAGUGGUAGGAGGGAGGAAGAAUGUUGACAUUACAGCGGAGAAAACUAGUCAAGUAGUUUACUUUCCAGAAUGGAUCUACAAUUUCUUAGAACAAAAAGAAGACCUACGAGUCUUUAUUGAGGAUGAUGGAGAUGCUGAAAUUGCAAAGAAACUUGCAAUUAUUGGACUUUGGUGCAUCCAAUGGCAUCCAGCGGAUCGUCCUUCCAUGAAAGUUGUGAUUCAAAUGUUAGAAGGAGGGCAUGAACUAACUAUGCCUCCUAAUCCGUUUGCCUCAACAAAUCCUACAAGACUGAAGCUAAACCAAGAGUUAGAUGUCAUCCUAGAACAAGAAUAAUGAUCAUGUUGUACUCAAGUAUCAGAACUAUUAAUCUUUCCUCUUUUUUUCUUUAGAUGUCGAGUUCUUGGGUUGUGACUUAUGAAUUGUUAUAUAAUCUGAAAGUGAAAAUCUUUUUAGCUUCA